AAACAGAUAAAACAACAACAGACGACGAUAAUAACAUAGAAUAAUAUUAUACCUAUUUUAAGUUUAAGAGGAUUGGCUUCCCAGUGCUUACCCGCCCAAUCUUUCCGGCUCUUUACCCGCAGUACCACACUACCACUAUUCACUAACCGUUUCUGUUUGUGGAGUGCGAUUGUCUGUCGCGUGUGUUAACAAUUAUUAUUGUAGUUUGUUUAAUAAAAUUUUAAAUUUCACUUUUCCUAGAGUAGAAACAAAGCGGCGUCUACCAUUUUCGCGGUCUUUUUCCCUCCUUUCGUUUUGCAAUCGUCAGUCGUUCUCAAACCACCGUCGACGGUCUACCCGCGGAUCCGCCAUCACCUGAGUACCUGACACCUUCACCACCAACCACCACGCGUGCAGCACAGCUAUGGCCGAUCAAAAUCCAAAUGAGAUUCAAAAUCCAGAAUUUUGUAAACCCAAGGACCCCAAAGAUGUUGAAAAAGCUCAAGAAGAGUGUAUGAAAAAACAAUAUCAAAUGAAGUCAAAUUGGCCUCCAGUCAGUGGUCAUUCUGCUCUCCUUCAAAAACGUUUAGCCAAAGGGCAAAAAUUUUUUGACUCCGGUGAUUAUCAAAUGGCCAGGCAGGCGGGUAAUGGUAAUAAAUUGAUUAAUAAUCGCCCUGUGCAACAAGUAUUGGGUUUUGGUACUGGGGAUACCAUACCGACACCAGAAACUGUUCCGGCACGCAAGACUUCUAUUAUUCAGCCAAAAUUCAACUCAAGUUCCACUCCAUCAUCUACCACGUGAUUUGUAUGUCUUAACGGGUUAAUUAAUUAAAAAAAAUUUUUAUUCAGUAAUUUAGUCCAAUCAAAUGUAAAUGUUAUCCAUUUUAAUUUUGUUAAUGUUAUGACUUAUGGCCCAUGGAGUAAACAAAAAAUGGCCAUUUGAUUAAACUAUUAUUUUUUUUUUUUUUAUUAAUAUUUUUAUCAUUAAUAAGUAAUUGAAUUUUACAGAGAAUUUUAUGUAACUACAUUAUAUUUCAAUUCUAUUCAAACGCUCAUAAUAAAGCAUUUUUUCCAACAAAGUAACUGACUUUUAAUAUUAUUAUUAUUUUAAAUUAUUGGUUCAUAAAAUGAUCAAUGUUAUUAGCUGUGUAAGCACAUUUGCUAGUGAGUGUUGUUUCAAUCUAUAACCAGAGUCCAGAGUAAGCCAGUAAUACUUCAGUCUGCUAGUAUCUAGAUAUGUCUUUAAGUUAUUAUUUGUGAAUUAUGAAUUCUUAUAAUGUAUUAAAUUUAAUAACUAAAAAUGAUUUGUUUUUUUUUACAAACUAUGGAUAAUAUUAUACACACAAUAUAAAAUUUGUGAUUUGGUAAUCAAACAAAAUUUAAUUUUUUGAAUAAAACUUAUUUGAGUAUUAA